AUGCACUUUGCGAUGAGCGAGGGAUGGGUGAUGGAAGAUGGGAAGUAUCAAUAUUACGGCGGCGAAGACGCCCGAGUUGUUUUCAGCGCCCACAAGAUAGUGCAGCCGAUGCUCUACAAUUAUCUUCAGGGCAAACACGUGGGCGGCGUGGACGGGAUUGGUGCCGGUAUUCUGGCACACACCAUCGGAAUGCUUGCAUGGUGGGAGGUGGCAUCGCCGGAUCGUUAG